UGGCCACCCUGUACAAAUUGUUCUCAGUGUUAUCGAUAAGUUAAUCAGGUGGGCCGUUCUUAUUGUUGCUGUCCGAAGUUUGUAUCUACAACAAGGUCCCGUUGCCCACACAAUCUGCUAAAUAUGUGUUGUGCUGCAACAGUUAAAAGUGUGAAAGGAGCGCGCGGCGUGAAACUGUUGAAAGCAAUUGCCAUUGCCUGGUUAUACUGGUGCUCGCUGUGAAGCUCUGCCUGCCACCACCCUGCACAACAGCAACACAAACAACAACGGCGCUGAUAGCUGCAGCUUCAGACACAGCAGCCAUAGGCAGAGCGAAAGCUCCAGUUUAAGCUAGUGGCAGCCCCAACUCUAAUCAGUUCGACAGCAGCUAGGCCCCCCUGCUCCUGCCUGUCCCAGUACUCAGCCAUUCAGCAAUGGGCACUAUCUCAUCGGUGCUGCAGUGGUCGUGCACCAAGUGCAAUACGAUCAAUCCGACUGAAUCUCUUAAAUGCUACAAUUGUGGGACGGUGCGCAAAGUGUUUCCCAGUCCUACCGCAACAUUGUCGUCUCACCAGACGGCUACAGUAAAAACUGCACCGCGACAGCCCAGCACUUGGAUACAUCGACAGCGAGAGCCCCCACAUCCGGCAGAAGCACUGCCAGCUGAUGGAGACUCGCUUGAUAGGAUCAAAACGGUAACCAGAAACGAAUACAACAAGAAUGUCUACAAGUCGCUGCUGCGCGGCUGCCUGAAGCGACCGCAGCGGAACAGCCAGAACCUGCCCGCCAACUGCGUCGACUGCGAGGACACGCGAAAGUACAUCAAGAGCUCCAUUGAGCUAUAUCGGCACUUCUCGAACCCGGCGCUGAACCGACGCUGGAUCUGCCACGCCUGUGAGACGGACAACAACUCAGUAACCUGGCACUGUUUGAUCUGCGACACGGUCAGCUAUCUGGCGCCCAUUUACAAGGACGCGAUUGCCGGCGACGGUCCUCGGGGCCAAGAGCUAGCUGACAAUCUAGGCAGCGGCAGCAAGGGGGAGCUGCUAACGGACAGAUCGGACCAGAAUAAUCAUUAUAGCCAUCACCAGCUGCAUCAGCAUCAGUACCAGCACCAGCAGGAGGAGCACCAACAGCAACAACAUUCCCAAAAACGACAGCUUAAGGGCAGCGGUCGAAGUGGCAGAUUCUCCCUUUUUCGGCGUACCCAGAGCCUGAGCACGGCCAUCGACAAGAGCUCCUCGGGCCGCAGCUGCCACAUAUGCUAUGUGAACAACCAGAGCAAGGACAUCUUCAAUCUUCCCCAGUCCAAGCCACUGCUAACAGGUAUUCCUCCUGUGGCCACCUGCAGCAAUUCGCGCUUCGCCAUUGCCAACGAUACCUUCUGUCGUCGUAAGCAGAACAAUAACAACAAGAACCAAAAUAAAGUGGUGCGCGAGAGUUGCGCCAAAAAGAAAUACAACUUUACCAUCACGACGCUCUCGCGAUCCUCGGCCAAGGAGGAGGCCAAGUCUAUAUCGAAGCCGCUACGACAGCAACAGCAGCCGAAGCAGCAGCAAGCGAAUGCCCAGCGGGAGCCAGCAGUGAGUAUGAAUCCAUCACAGUUCACCAUACCGAGGAACGGAGUCUUCAUAGCCGUCAAUGAGUGGUCAGAGCCGACGGCCAGUACUGCUGCCAGUGGAAAGCGCAGCCAAGCCCUGCCCUGUGAUAUGGCCCACAAUCAUCAGCCCCAGCAGCAGCACCACAACAACAACAACAACAAUAACAACAACAGCAACAGCAACAAGAACAACAACAAUUGUGGAAAGAUGCACCAGCAGCAGCAGCAGCUGUAUGAGAACGAUUGCGUGGCCUUGGUCCAACAGCAGCUGAGGGCGACCGCUGCCCAGGCAGCCCAGGCAGCAGCAACCGCCGUGGCUGUGCCCCUGCCUCUGCUUAUGCCUGUGGCUUCCUCCCCUGUGGCUGCAGGGGAGCCGUCAAUGCCCAUAUAUGCUCAGGUGAACAAGCAGCACAAGCUCAAGAAGAAACACCAUCAGCAACAGCAACAGCAACAGCAGCAGCAGCAGCAGGAAGUACAGGCCAACAACAAUGAAAGCGUCAACGUUGAGGCGUCAGCUUUGACAACGGACAACAGUAGUAGCGAAGCUAUGACAGGAUUCGGCCUGGGAGCCAGCACCGAUGGCAGCGGGGAGGCAAGCGAGUCAGAGUCGAGCAGUACACAGCCAGAGCUGCACGUCGAAGAGCAUUCCAUCUAUGCCAAGGUUUGGAAGGGACCACGCAAGGCCACUGAAUCCAAAAUCACUCAUGAUCCAGGCAGUAGUCGUCUUAUUGUUGCCACAGCCUCAGCGAUAGCAACAGGGGCGCCAUCGGGUGCAGCAGCAGGAUCAGCGAUAGCAGCACCUGUGGCCCAACGCAGCGAAAACAAACCGCUGGUGGGGCACAGCAGCCGCAGCAAGAUGUGGACAUGCAUCAAAUGUUCCUAUGCCUACAAUCGUCUCUGGCUGCAGACCUGCGAGAUGUGCGAGGCCAAGCCGGAGCAGCAGGCCCAACAGCAGCCGCAGCAGCAGGCAGAGACGCCAACGAACCGAGACGAACCGUGGACGUGCAAGAAGUGCACCCUGGUCAACUACUCCUCGGCCAUGGCCUGCAUUGUGUGCGGCGGAUCCAAGCUGAAGAGCAUCUCCUCCAUCGAGGACAUGACGCUGCGCAAGGGCGAGUUCUGGACGUGCAGCCACUGCACUCUCAAGAACUCGCUGCACUAUGGUCUGUGCAGUGCCUGCAAGUCCAUUCGGCUGCUCCCCGUCGAAACGGUGCGCGAGCGUCCCGAUGGGCAGUCGUACGAGGACCAAGACGCUGCCGCCGCUGGCCACCUCCCGCCAGGCACCGCCAACGAGGCCAAGAUUCCAACGGGGAUCGCCAUGCCUAUGCCCAUGCCCUUGUCCUUGCCUAUGACUGUGCCCAUGCCCAUGCCCAUGCUGCAGUUGCCAGCAGCGGUCGUGCAUCGUGGGUCACGCAGUCCCUCGCCCAGGGCGAUAGGGAUGUCGCCCAUUGUACAGCAGCAGCAGCAACAGCAGCAACCGCAACAGGUGCAGUCAGUAAGGAGCUCCUCGGGGGCCAUUCCCAAAAGGCACAGCACCGGGGGCUCCAUCGUCCCUCGCAACAUUUCCAUAGCCGGACUGGCAGCUGGCACUUCAGCCUACAACAUACAGCAGGGAUCAUCAGCAGGGUCUGGCUCCAAGAAGUGGCAAUGUCCGGCAUGCACCUACGAGAACUGCGCCGCCUCCGUAGUUUGCGACAUAUGCUCGAGUCCGCGGGGGCUAGUAAACGCUGUUAUCGGGGAUGCCCUGGCCAGGAAGUCCAUACGGGUGGCCCUAACAGACAUCCGGCAAGAGAGCAAGCUGAUGGAGAACCUGCGCCAGCUGGAGGAGACCGAGGCACUGACCAAGUGGCAGAAUAUCAUCCAGUACUGCCGCGACAACAACGAGCUCUUCGUCGACGACUCCUUUCCGCCGGCGCCGAAAAGCCUCUACUACAACCCGGCAAGCAGUGCAACCGAGGGCAAUCCGGUGGUGCAGUGGCGCCGUCCGCACGAGAUUAACUGCGACGGCGGCGCAUAUCCGCCGUGGGCCGUUUUCCGCACUCCCCUGCCAUCGGACAUCUGCCAGGGUGUGCUGGGCAAUUGCUGGCUGCUAAGCGCCCUGGCCGUGCUAGCUGAGCGCGAGGACCUCGUCAAGGAGGUGUUGGUCACCAAGGAGAUUUGCCCCCAGGGAGCCUACCAGGUGCGGCUCUGCAAAGACGGCAAGUGGACGACCGUGCUCGUCGACGAUCUGCUGCCCUGCGAUAAGCGCGGCCAUCUGGUUUAUUCGCAGGCUAAGCGGAAGCAGCUCUGGGUGCCGCUGAUUGAGAAGGCAGUGGCCAAGAUCCAUGGCUGCUACGAGGCGCUCGUCUCAGGUCGCGCCAUCGAAGGCCUGGCCACUCUGACGGGCGCCCCCUGUGAGAGUAUACCGCUGCAGGCGAGCUCCCUGCCCAUGCCCAGCGAAGACGAGCUAGACAAGGAUCUGAUCUGGGCGCAGCUGCUUAGCUCGCGCUGUGUGCGCUUCCUCAUGGGUGCAAGCUGCGGCGGUGGAAACAUGAAGGUCGACGAGGAGGAGUACCAGCAUAAGGGCCUGCGGCCCCGGCACGCCUACUCGGUGCUGGACGUGAAGGAUAUCCAGGGGCACAGGCUGCUAAAGCUGCGCAACCCGUGGGGCCACUAUUCGUGGCGCGGCGAUUGGUCGGAUGACUCUUCGCUGUGGACUGACGACCUGAGGGAUGCCCUGAUGCCGCACGGCGCCUCCGAGGGUGUCUUCUGGAUCUCCUUCGAGGACGUGCUCAACUACUUUGACUGCAUCGACAUCUGUAAGGUACGGUCCGGCUGGAACGAGGUGCGUCUGCAGGGCACCCUCCAGCCAUUGUGCUCCAUCUCCUGUGUCCUGCUCACCGUGCUGGAACCCACCGAGGCGGAGUUCACGCUCUUCCAGGAGGGCCAGCGAAACUCCGAGAAGUCGCAGCGCUCCCAGUUGGAUCUCUGUGUUGUGAUAUUCCGCACCCGCUCGCCGGCGGCCCCCGAGAUCGGCCGUCUCGUGGAGCACAGCAAGCGUCAGGUGCGCGGCUUUGUGGGCUGCCACAAGAUGCUAGAGCGGGACAUUUAUCUGCUGGUUUGCCUGGCCUUCAACCACUGGCACACUGGUAUUGAGGAUCCGCACCAGUAUCCGCAGUGCAUCCUAGCCAUCCACAGCUCAAAGCGCCUGCUUGUGGAGCAGAUCAUCCCUUCGCCGCACCUCCUAGCCGAUGCCAUCAUCAGUCUGACCUUAACCAAAGGUCAGAGGCACGAGGGACGAGAGGGUAUGACCGCCUACUACCUCACCAAGGGCUGGGCGGGUCUGGUUGUGAUGGUAGAGAACCGACACGAGAAUAAGUGGAUUCAUGUCAAGUGCGACUGCCAGGAGAGCUACAAUGUGGUGUCCACCCGAGGCGAGCUCAAAACUGUGGACUCCGUGCCGCCGCUUCAAAGGCAAGUGAUUAUUGUGCUUACCCAGCUGGAAGGAAGCGGCGGCUUCAGCAUCGCCCAUCGGCUCACACACCGGCUGGCCAACUCUCGGGGCCUCCACGACUGGGGACCGCCAGGAGCUACACACUGCCCCCCCAUUGAAAACGUACACGGGCUGCAUGCCCCGCGCCUGAUCACCUAAUCUGAGACUCCAUUGAUUAAGGACCGCACAAAUGCGUAUGAAAUGCAUGGAUGCAUGAACGGAUGAACGGAUGCCUGAGCACUGGUUAAAGAUAACGAUUAAUGAUUCCUUUUGAUGUUCUCUCGAUGUGUACUUAUGUAUGUCUUGAUUUCCAUUCGCCUCCGCUCAUUUAUACCGUACUCUAGUCUAUGUUUUGUAAACGUUUUACGUACCAUGCAUACAACAAAAACCAAAACCCAAAGGAAAGAAAUAUAUAUAUGUAUAGAUGGGUAUAGACGUAUACCAUCUGAUCAAACUUCAAA